AUUAAUGUUGCUAAUUGAUUAAUGUUAUUUUGACUUUUUCACAUUUAAUUUUGAAAAUCUACUGUAUGUAUCAAUUUGAUUGAUUCUCAUUUUUCAGCAAAACAAAAAAAUAUGGCUGUUCAGAUCAAAAAUCGUAAAAAACGAACCGAUGACAGCCAGAAUUCAAAUUCAAAUAAAAUAACAUCAUUAUCGAAUGAAUAUGAUGAAGAUAUUGAUAAUGAUUGCAAAAGUCAAAAAGAGCUUAAUUCUGUUCAAAAAUCCGAUAAUUCGAAUCUAAUAAAUGGUCUCGGUUCUUUAAGACAUUGGUUUUGUAAAAACAACGGUAUUGCCCAUAAAAAUAUCACAAAUGAUGAAAUAGAUUUGUUGACAAAAACUUCCAAAAAUGAAAUCGAUUUUCCAUUGGCCAUUACUUUUCGAAUCAACAUUGUAGUAAUAAUACUUUUUCUUAUAGCAUUCGGUUUUCGAAUCUAUGAAUUAGAUCAGCCGUCAAGCAUAGUUUUUGAUGAACUACAUUAUGGUCGAUUUGUUUCAUUAUAUCUACGGCGAACAUUUUUCUUCGAUUCACAACCUCCACUUGGAAAACAAUUGAUCGCCUUAAGUGCCUAUCUUUCCGGCUAUAAAGGUGAAUUUAAUAAUUUUACCAGUAUUGGACAAGACUACGAUGCAAAUUUUCCCGUACGUGCAUUUCGUUUUGUUCCGGCUCUUUGCGGCAGUUUAUUGGUACCGGUCAUUUAUCAAUUUGUCAUUGAAAUCGGUUUCCAUCAUAUUGUUGCAUUUUUUGCAUCAUUCUUACUUAUUUUUGAAAAUUCUCUCCUUACUCAAUCUCGAUUCAUUCUUCUCGAUACAAUAUUAUUGUUUUUUUCAUUUUUUGGCUUAUUAUCCUAUUUGAUUGGAAGGAAGAAACUAUUAUUUUCGAAAUCAUGGCUUUUUUGGAAUAUAAUUGCAGCUUUAAGUUUGACAUGUGGUGUUUGUGUCAAAUAUAUUGGCAUAUUUACUUUAUUACAAGUGCAAAUACUUUCUUUUUGGACUAUUUUUGAUAAACUUUCGGAUAAAACCAUUAAAACUAUUCAUCUAUGGCUAUUACUCGUGUACAAAUCUUGUAUAUUUAUCUUCUUGCCUAUUUUAUUCUAUUGCUUUAUAUUUUAUAUUCAUCUUUCCGUUUUGAUCAAAGCCGGUCCUCAUGAUAAUAUUAUGACUAGUGCUUUUCAGGCAAGUCUUGAAGGUGGAUUAGCAUCAAUUAUUCGUGGUCAGCCAAGAGAAAUAGCUCAUGGAUCACAGAUAACUUUAAGAAAUACUCAUGGGCGAACAUGUUGGUUACAUUCACAUCAAGCUGUUUAUCCGAUUCGAUAUCCAGAUAAACGGGGCAGUUCUCAUCAGCAACAGGUGACUUGUUAUUCGUUUAAAGAUGUCAAUAAUUGGUGGAUUGUUAAAAGGCCUAAUGUUAAUGACUUAAUCACACAUGAACCACUUGAUAAAAUCAAGAAUGGUGAUAUUAUUCAAAUCGUUCAUGGAUUAACUGGUCGUACACUAAAUAGUCAUGAUAUUGCUUCACCAAUGUCACCGUAUAAUCAAGAAGUUUCCUGUUAUAUUGAUUAUAACAUAUCAAUGCCAGCACAAAAUCUAUGGCGCGUAAAACUAUUAAAUUCAGAUGACACUGGUGACUAUUGGCAUGCGAUUAAAUCUCGUGUACAAUUGAUUCAUAUCAAUUCAAGUCAGGCGUUGAAGUUGAGCGGUUUACAAUUACCAGCUUGGGGUCACCAUCAACAUGAAAUAGUGACCGAUAAACAAGUAAAUCAUCCCAAUGCAAUAUGGAAUGUUGAAGAACAUCGUUAUACAAAAAAUUCAGAUGAAAAAGAAAUCGAACGUGAACUUGGAAGGGCUGAAUUUGUUCCGUUAAGCCCUACAUAUCUUUCUUUCUGGGAUAAAAUGUUUGAAUUGCAAUAUAAAAUGUUAAUCAAUACAGAAAAUAUUCAGAAUCAUAUCUACAGUACUGAUUCACCUUUGGAUUGGCCUUUUCUAACCAAAGGAAUUGCUUAUUGGCUUAGUCCUAAGAGUAAUGCUCAAAUUUAUUUGAUUGGAAAUAUUUUCCUUUGGUAUCUUGGAAUAUUUGCCAUGGUAGCCUAUUGGUCUUUAUUUUUAUUUUAUCAAUUACGGCGAAAACGUCUUAUUUAUGACAUUUCUGAAGAUGAUUGGGAUCAAUUUUUAUUGGUUGGACGGAUAAUUGCCAUCGGAUAUCUGAUUCAUUUUUUUCCUUAUUUUUUCUCUGAGCAAACAUUAUUUCUUCAUCAUUAUUUACCAGCAUUAAUGUUUAAAAUAAUACUUAUACCUAUGAUUAUAGGCCACCUGAAUCUAUUCGUGCCAAAUCGAUUUAUAUUUCCCAUUUUUAUUGCUAUAUCUGUAAUAACAGCCUAUACAUUUUUUCAAUUUUUGCCAUUUAGUUAUGGGCUUAAAGAAUUUAGCACAAAUGAAAUCAUGAAACUCAAAUGGAGAAAAACUUGGCAUUUUUUAAUACACAAACGAUGGUGA